AUGCUGAGAAAGUGUUUAACGACUUUCGUGCAAAAUAAGAUCACUAAUAAUACAGCGUGCCUAACGCCAAUCGUCUGUCAGGCGCUAAAUAAACGCGCUCAGCAUAGUAAAAGUCGACCACCGAAGAUUUUGAUAACCGGUGGUCUCGGCCAACUAGGCAUCGAAUGCGCCAAACGCUUACGCUCCCAGUAUGGCGAUGAAAGUGUCAUACUUUCAGACAUUGUUAAACCCAGCAAGCAAGUAGUGGAGAGUGGACCCUACAUAUUUGCUGAUAUUUUAGAUUUCAAAGGAUUACAAAAGAUCGUAGUUGAUCAUCGCGUCGAUUGGCUGAUACAUUUCUCAGCGUUAUUGAGCGCGAUAGGCGAGCAAAAUGUGCCGCUGGCGGUGCGCGUCAACAUCGAAGGUGUACAUAAUGUCAUCGAACUUGCCAAACAGUACAAUUUACGCAUUUUCGUACCGAGCACCAUUGGCGCAUUUGGGCCAGACAGUCCACGGAAUCCUACACCAAAUGUGACGAUUCAACGUCCACGUACUAUGUAUGGCGUGUCGAAGGUGCAUGCCGAGCUAAUGGGCGAGUAUUAUUUCCACAAGUUUGGCUUGGACUUUAGGUGCUUGCGUUUCCCGGGUGUAAUUUCUAGCGAUCCACCUGGCGGUGGCACCACUGAUUACGCUGUCGCCAUAUUUCACGAAGCAUUACGCACUAGCAAAUACACUUGCUAUUUACGCCCUGAUACGCGUUUACCGAUGAUGUACAUUGAGGAUUGUCUCCGCGCUCUGCAUACAAUUAUGUGUGCCCCUUCGGAGAGUUUGAAGCGACGCGUCUACAAUGUUACAGCAAUGUCCUUCACACCUGAAGAGCUGGUUGCUAAACUGAGCCGUCAUGUUCCAAAUUUGCAAGUCACUUAUAAGCCAGAUGGUCGGCAAGCGAUUGCGGAUUCGUGGCCGCAAGUUUUCGAUGAUUCAGAAGCACGUCGCGAUUGGGGUUGGCAGCAUAACUAUGAUUUGGAUAAUUUAGUAGAUUUUAUGGUUAAGGAUGUGCAAGAGAAUUAUAUUAAUGUGGAAAAUGCAAAAGUGCGUGCUUCUGCGGGUUGAAAGCUGAUUGAUAUUUAAAACGAGAUGAAUUAUUAAUGUUCAUAAAGUAUUUUUUAAUUGAGGAAAUCUCAAAACUUUCUUGAAAAUGUGCAUUUAUAAAUUUCUUCAAACGGUGCAUUUAUAGAUUUACAAGUAAGUAAAAUAAAAU